AAGACAUGGUGGUUUUAGUAUAUAUGCCGUAAUAAGUGUAUGACACAUAUGCAGCAUGACCCACUGCGAGGUUCUCUGCGACCGGGUGGGCGUCAUGGAGGCCGGGAAGAUCGAGGCUCUGGGCGACGCUUUGCAGAUGAACCAGAAGUACGGGCGCAGCUACAUGGUGACGCUGCGGCUGCCCUUGGACAAGCGCUUCGACUACUACUUCCAGAGAAGCCUGAUCGAGUUGAUGCAGGAGGAGUUUCACCAGUGCACCUUCAACCAUAACUACAAGGGCAUGAUGAGCUUCACCGUGGGCAAGACGUACACCAGCUGGAGCGAGCUCUUCACCAAAAUGGUGGCCAUCAAGAACGACCAGGAACUGCCAGAGUUCUCCAUCUCCGACAUCACCCUGGAGAACAUAUUCGUGGGACUCGCUCGCCGACAGAUCCUAUUCACGGGCGUCCGGCCGCACAACUUUCUCAGUGGAGUGCCCUCGCGCGUCGACACUCCACGCCGGUGA